AUGAAUCAGAACCGGUUGGACUUGAGAGCUCAUCAUUCUGGAUCGACACAAUCAGAGGAGUCCGCUCUGGACAUGGAAAGGAGCUACUAUGGUCAUCUUAACCGUUCAUCUAGUCCUUCACCCCUGCAACCAUUUGCUGGUGGUGCUCAGCAUUCUGAGAGCAAUGCUGCCUACUUUUCUUGGCCUACAUUGAGUCGCUGGAAUGAUGCAGCGGAAGAUAGAGCCAACUAUUUUGGGAACCUGCAAAAGGGUGUGCUGCCUGAAACUUUGGGUCGACUGCCAACAGGACAGCAAGCUACUACCUUGCUUGAAUUGAUGACUAUUAGGGCAUUCCAUAGCAAGAUUUUACGCCGGUUCAGUCUUGGCACUGCAAUUGGAUUUCGAAUUAGAGGAGGUGUUUUGACUGAUAUUCCAGCUAUUCUUGUCUUCGUUGCUCAUAAAGUUCACAGGCAAUGGCUCAACCAUGUUCAGUGCCUACCUGCUGCCCUUGAGGGACCAGGAGGUGUUUGGUGUGAUGUGGAUGUUGUGGAGUUCUCCUAUUAUGGUGCACCUGCACAAACCCUUAAAGAACAAUUAUAUACAGAGCUUGCUGAUGGCUUAAGAGGAAAUGAUUCAUGCGUUGGCUCAGGUUCUCAGGUUGCAAGCCAAGAGACAUAUGGAACCUUGGGUGCUAUUGUCAGAAGCCGAACAGGAAAUCGAGAAGUUGGCUUUCUAACAAAUCGACAUGUGGCUGUUGAUUUAGACUAUCCAAACCAAAAGAUGUUUCAUCCAUUACCACCCAGUCUCGGACCUGGUGUGUAUCUGGGUGCAGUAGAGAGAGCAACAUCAUUUAUUACUGAUGAUCUUUGGUAUGGAAUUUUUGCGGGAACAAACCCAGAAACAUUUGUGCGAGCUGAUGGGGCCUUCAUCCCAUUUGCUGAAGAUUUCAAUAUGAACAAUGUAAUUACAACUGUAAAAGGUGUAGGUGAGAUUGGUGAUGUAAACAGCAUAGACUUGCAGUCUCCAAUCAACAGUCUCAUUGGAAGACAAGUGGUUAAAGUUGGAAGAAGUUCUGGUUUGACUACAGGGACUAUAAUGGCCUAUGCCCUAGAGUACAAUGAUGAAAAAGGGAUUUGUUUUCUCACUGAUUUUCUUGUUGUUGGUGAGAACCAGCAGACAUUUGACCUUGAAGGUGACAGUGGAAGCCUCAUUCUUCUGGCUGGACAAAAUGGGGAGAAGCCGCGCCCUGUUGGCAUUAUCUGGGGUGGGACAGCUAAUCGGGGUCGAUUAAAACUAAAAGUUGGUCAACUCCCAGAAAAUUGGACAAGUGGAGUUGAUCUUGGCCGAUUGCUCGAUCUCCUUGAACUUGAUCUCAUUACAACAAAUGAAGCACUCCAAGUGCAUGAGGUGAGGAAUACCCAAGCCUUUUGCAUCAAUUCCUCAGUCACACCCUUCUCCUUAGAGCACCCCAAGAAAAGAUUACUGUGGCCAUAUGUAGUUUUUGGCUUGAUGACACAGAACCUUGUCCUCUUUCUCUUCUUUGGGGGAUGGGGGUGGGAAGAAUACGGUCCCAUACAUUCAAUAGAUAUUAGCGAUGACCAGAAGGGUGUUGUGUUUUUUAAUCUCUUGUCCUUCCUCUCUCCAUGUUAUACUAUUCCUCACAAUUCAUCAUCACAAGGCUGCAGUGUGAAUGCCCAUUCACCUCCCUGUGAAAGUUUGAGUCCGGAGGCUCAACCAAUGGUGUUGGGCUUGCUGGAUUUAAUCUUCAACCUCUCCUGUUCAAUUGUAUUAAGGUUGGAAUUGCUUGAAGAAAACCUCCUCAAAGUAGUCACUCUUGCCACAUUUCAUCGACAGUUCUUGGCACUUCGACAUGUCAUCCUCCUAGCAUCUGGUUUAGUGGCUUCUUGCACUAUCAUUGUUAGCUGCACCAUUUGUGUGCAAACACUGUCUCCUGCUGGUCACUCAGCCAAUGUUUUGGAGCUUCAGACUGCGGCCAUUAAAACUUCAGACAAUGUGGAAUCUGCGGCGCUAGAGCAAAGGAAUGGUCCCGCUGCCGGAAUUGACUCUACAGUUGCAGAAUCCUCUCCUACUGUGCCAAUAAAAGAAAAGCUCGAAGAGAGCUUUGAGCCUAUUUGCUUGAAUAUCCCACAUGCACAAGUUGAAGAUGAACCCUCUCAAAGAAUCAAUCCGUCAUUAAGGCCUUGUGAGUUUCAUGUUAGAAAUGAAAUUGAAACAGCACCAAAUGUAGAACACCAGUUCAUAACAAGUUAUGUGGGCAAGUCUCCUGUAUGUCACAGCUACCUGAAAGAAGACAUGGAACUUAGAAGUCUCGCAGAACUCAGGAGUGGCCCUGAUGAAGAUAAUUUUGUUUCCUUGCACUUAGGAGAACCGGAAAUGAAGAGAAGAAGGCACUCAAAUCCUUCUUUUUGCAUCAAAGAAUUAAAGUAA